AUGCCCUCAAUUCAAUCACAUUUCCUUCCUUCUAACCUCUUUCCCGCUCCACUGCAACUACCAACCAACCUUCACACUCUCUCUCCUCCACCUCCAAUGGCGGCAAACUCCGCAACCUCACUCCGCCAUUACCCCAACCUCUACCUCUCAGUCCCACACUCCAUACUCCAACCUCAACUACACCAUCAAUGGCAACCCAAAACCUCCGUCAUCCCUAUUUCUUGCGCCUUCUCUCCUCGUCGCCGGCGCCGGCGCUCCACUCGCCGGAACCCUAACAAGCGAAACGACUCUUCUCAAUCCCAUUCUUCAUCUUCUGAUUCUGGUAAACUUCAAUUUGUACUUGAUGUUGAUCAAUUGAAAUCCAAAACACCACUCUCUUUUCAACGAACAAUUGAUUUGUGUGAAUUGAAGUUUCAUCAAUUUGUGUCUUCUGGAAUUGAUGCUUAUUAUGAUUUACGUAGUCUUGUUGUUGUUGAACCUGGGAGUAAUCGAAUUGUUGUGUCGUGUUCUGAGUCGACUGUUCGAUUCGUAGGUGGUGUUGUGCUUUGGAGUUUUGUUAGUGUUGUUUUUGUUAGGGUUUUGGUUAAUCUAGGGUUAGGGUUGCGUCGGAGAGGUGGGGAUAUUAAGGUGGAGGUUGUUACGAGGAGGGAUAGGAGUUUGGGUGGCAGAGAAGUUGUGGUUGAGAAGAGAGUUGUGGAGGGGGUUGACAGAAAGAGUGAUCUUGAGUUGAAUGAACGGGGUUCGGAGGGAAUGUCGAGGAACUCGAUACGAAAGGAGCCGCAGCGGAAGUUGCCCGGUUGGUGGCCAGUUAUUAGUCCAAGACCUGUUGUGGAAGUGCUGAGGGAGGAGUACCGGAGUGCGGCCAACAAACUCGUUCAAGCAAUCAUGGAUGAUAAAUUGAGAGGAAAGGACGUCUCAGAGGAAGAUAUACUUGAACUGCAUAGGAUUUGUAAAAUUUCUGGAGUACAGCUCUCCUUCGGAACGGAGAAUGCCCGAGACUCUUUUUAUCGUCUAGCUGUGCACAAUGUCAUAAACACUUGUUGUAGGGCAGGAAGUCCUUCAGUCCAAAUUGAUGGUGAAGAUGCUCGUCUGUUUGUAGCUGGGCUUGCUUAUGAUGUAGGUCUCUCUAAUCCUCGAGCAGCAACAAUUGUAUCUGCUGCUAUUGCUGCUCAAACACGCCAAUGGUUUUUACAGGCUUGGGCCUUGGAGAUGCAAGCAAAACAUUCUGAAGCUAUGGAGGAAUUGAAGAAAAUAUGUCUAAUUCAUCAGAUAUUUCCACCAGAACCUUCUUCUCCAGAGAUGGAGAUGGUGGCUCGGGGUCUUCAGAAACACUUGAAACCAGAGCACCGGGAGUUGCUACUGACAAAUUUUGUCAGUAUCUGUGGUGAAGGGAGUCCAAGAAGUGCUGCAGAGGCCCUUGGUCUGGUCUAAUACCCUUUUAUGCAUUCUUCUAGCAAAAAUCCUCUGAAAUUGUUUGUAGAAGAUUAGAUAGGUAGCCAUUAGCCAACAACUGAUUGAAGAUUUCACUUUAAAAAUAAUUUUACUCACGGAAUUUAUACUUGGGCUACAUCAAUUUAUUAUAGCAUCAGUUUAUCUAAUGUAAAUUUAAUUUAUUAUAUAGCCCACGUUCCACGGUGAAAGAGUGAAUGGAACUUGAGCUUCUUUUUUUGACUUUUUGGUAGAAAUGAGAAAGUUGUUUAAAGAUAUUGGUA